AACCCAUCGCCCGGAUUAUUCGCGCGGAGCGCAAAUGGCUCGAAAUGGUCGAGACCGCAGCAGAAGCACCAGAGGCAGGGACCGCGCAAAGCAGCGGUGCAGCAGCAGUGCCAGUCCAGUGAAGGAGAAGCCGCAGGACAAGGCGAAGGAGAAGCCCCGGGAGCGCGCCGCGCUGUCCCUGCACCGACCCUUUGGCAUGGCGCCUUCCAAGGAGGCCAGCGGCUACGUGGUGGAGAAGGUGGCAGAAGGGAAGCCAGCAGCUGAGGCGGGGGUGGAGAUCGGCUGGCGCGUGGUGGCGGUGGCCGGGCGCGGCUGUGAGGGCCUCAAGUCCGCGGAGGUCCAGGCGCUGCUGAAAGACGCCCCCGUGCCUGUCGAGGUCGUCUUUGAGAAGCCGGAGUCUGAAACGCUGCCCAGCAGCGAAGACGAAGAUCUGGACAACAUCCAGAAUGUUCGCGCUGAUCACCGCAGAGCCCAUGAGGCGGCCUUGUCCAACAUCGACGACCUGCCGGUGGAGCGGAGCCCCGAGACGCUGCCGGAGCCGGUGGCGUCCUGGAGGGAGGCGUGCGAGCGGAAGCUCCUGAACGCGGCCUUGGUGCACAAACUGCACGCCGCGGGUCUGAAGCGCCCCACGCUGAUUCAGCGCCACGCGCUGCCCAUCGUGGGCCACGCGGAGCACUACGACCUCGUGGCCCAGGCGCAGACCGGCUCUGGCAAGACCUUCGCCUUUGUGAUCCCUACGAUUGCUCGGCUACUGCUUCGUGGAUGUCCGCCUCGGCCAUUCUUUGCGGGCCCAACUGCCCAGGGCUGCCCGGUGGUCCUGGUGCUGUCCCCGACCAGGGAGCUGGCCAUCCAGACCUGCACGGAGAUGGAGGUGCUCACCAAAGGGACCAAGCUGACACAGAUGAGCAUCUACGGUGGAGAGACGAUCAAGGAGACAGCCAAGAGAGUGGAGACCGCCCCCAUCGACAUCAUUUGCGCCACACCUGGGCGACUCGUCGCCCUCUUGGACGAGACAAAGUGCUCGCCUGAGAUGCUCCCAGUGAACAAAGAAAGGCCGCGCCCGAGGCAAACGGGUCUUCAAAACUGCCCAUUUCAGGCCCAAUGGAGGUGCGGACCGGAGAUGCAGCUUCCUGAAAUGCGUGUUCGACAUGAGGAUUUGGAACAUGGAAGGCGGUCAUUCUAUGGGCAACCACCCAUUUGUCCAUCUUUCCACAAAAGACACGAAAGCCAAGCACAAAUACGAAGUGCUUGAAGAAAGCAAUGCCUGAAAAAGAAAUGGGGAAUCUGGCUUUGUCAUUGG